AUGCCGGGCGUCCCCUCGUACCGCGGCUGUGAAGCCUGUCGUCGGCAGAAGAAGAAGUGCGACCAGGCUAGACCCGCGUGCUCCCGCUGCGCCCGCCUCAAGAUCCCGUGUAUAGGCUGCGGCCAGCAGCGCUUCAAGUUCAAAGACGAGACAAAGGCCCUGCGAGCGGCAAACGCGCCACCAUCUGAUUUCGCCGCCGCCGCCGCCGCCGCCUCCUCCCCUGCCCCCGGAAUCCACGGCAGCCCCCCUCCAUCGCGGCCUCUGAGCAACCAGACGACUCGGACCAGCGGCGCCAUUGUCUCGGUCCUGCAGAUAUCAGACCCCCGCUACGAUCUCUUCGCCUUUGGCCCCUUCAUCAAGGACAUCCCGUCCCGGCUGGGCACACAUGCGGCCCUGGAUGCGUCCGCAGACGCCCUUGCCAGCGCCUUCAGCUGCGUCCACACCAGGUGCAUCACGCCCGAGUCUCUCGCCAAGUAUGCCCGUGCCCUCCGCUCGGUCCAGAACAGCCUGCAAAGUCCCGCUACGGCCUACUCGGAGCAGACACUUUGUGCCAUCUACUUCAUCAUGCUUUGCCAGGGCUGGAUCGCCAACGACGACAACCCAUUUCCAGGACACGGCCCGGCAAUGGCGCAUUUGCUCAACGUCAUCGUCUCCAACAACUGGCAUAAUGCAUUCAACAGUGCUAUACUCAUCACCAUAAGUGUGUCUGUGGUAUGA